AUGGUGGGCGCGGAGGUGUAUCUGGUGCAGGCAGGGGUACAUGGGGCAGCGGAUGUGGCGGGGGCAGGGGAUGUGGGGGAGGCAGGGGAUGUGGGGGUGGCAGGGGAUGUGGGGGUGGCAGCGGAUGUGGGGGUGGCAGCGGAUGUGGGGGUGGCAGCGGAUGUGGGGGUGGCAGCGGAUGUGGGGGUGGCAGGGGAUGUGGGGGUGGCAGGGGAUGUGGGGGUGGCAGGGGAUGUGGGGGUGGCAGCGGAUGUGGCGGGGGCAGGGGAUGUGGGGGUGGCAGCGGAUGUGGCGGGGGCAGGGGAUGUGGCGGGGGCAGGGGAUGUGGCGGGGGCAGGGGAUGUGGCGGGGGCAGGGGAUGUGGCGGGGGCAGGGGAUGUGGCGGGGGCAGAGGAUGUGGCGGGGGCAGGGGAUGUGGCGGGGGCAGGGGAUGUGGAUGCAGGAAGCAGGCAGGCGCUUGGGGUUGUACUGCUGCAACUCGUCCCUUAG